AUGACACACUUUGGAAGUGUGUACUUUGAUGCCGAUAUAGACACGCCUCUCCUCUCUCUGCCUGAUCCCAAACCCUCUACACGACCCGAUACACCAACCCCAAUCCAGCCUCGUUACAGCAGUUGCAAGAAGCAUCUUGAAGCAGGUCAUACCGAGAAUGGUAUCUUCACAAUAUUUCCUGCUGGCUUUAGUGAUGGUCUGAGGGUGUACUGUGACAUGGAGACUGAUGGCGGGGGAUGGAUCGUCAUCCAGAGGCGUCAAGACGGUAGCGUGGACUUCUACCGCAACUGGGUCGACUAUCGUGUUGGUUUCGGUGACUUGGACGGUGAGUUCUGGCUCGGGAACGAACAACCUCCGCGGUCUGACUGA